GCAACCAGUGAGAUGAACACUGCAGAAGACUGGGGUCUUAUCUUGGACAUCUGUGAUAAAGUUGGGCAGUCACGCACAGGGCCUAAGGACUGUCUCCGUUCUAUUAUGAAGAGAGUAAACCAUAAAGAUCCCCAUGUUGCUAUGCAAGCAUUAACACUUCUAGGAGCAUGUGUAUCAAACUGUGGUAAAAUCUUUCAUUUAGAAGUCUGUUCAAGAGAUUUUGCCAGUGAAGUGAGCAAUGUGUUGAAUAAGGGUCAUCCAAAAGUUUGUGAAAAGCUGAAAGCCCUUAUGGUGGAAUGGACUGAUGAAUUCAAGAAUGACCCACAGCUUAGUUUAAUAUCUGCUAUGAUAAAAAAUCUUAAGGAGCAAGGAGUUACUUUCCCAGCUAUUGGUUCACAGGCUGCUGACCAGGCAAAAGCAAGUCCAGCUCUAGUUGCCAAAGAUCCUGGUACAGUAGCCAACAAAAAGGAAGAGGAAGACUUAGCUAAAGCUAUUGAACUGUCACUCAAAGAACAAAGGCAACAGCAAACAACACUUUCCGGUUUGUAUCCGAGCACCUCCAGCCUUUUGACAAAUCACAAACAUGAGGGCCGUAAGGUUCGUGCAAUCUAUGAUUUUGAGGCUGCUGAAGACAACGAAUUAACUUUUAAAGCUGGAGAACUUAUAACUAUCCUUGAUGACAGUGAUCCAAAUUGGUGGAAAGGUGAAACUCAUCAGGGCAUAGGAUUGUUUCCAUCUAAUUUUGUAACAGCUGAUCUUUCUGCUGAGCCAGAAAUGAUGAAAGCUGAGAAGAAAACAGUGCAGUUCAGUGAUGAAGUUCAAGUAGAGACAAUAGAACCUGAGCCUGAACCAGUUUAUAUUGAUGAAGAUAAAAUGGACCAACUCUUGCAGAUGUUACAAAGUGCGGAUCCAUCUGAUGACCAGCCAGACCUCCCAGAGCUGCUUCAUCUUGAGGCAAUGUGCCACCAGAUGGGACCUCUCAUAGAUGAAAAGUUGGAAGAUAUAGACAGGAAACAUUCAGAACUUUCAGAGCUCAAUGUUAAAGCCAUGGAGGCACUUUCUUUAUAUAACAAAUUGAUGAAUGAAGAUCCAAUGUAUUCCAUGUAUGCAAAGCUACAAAACCAACAGUAUUAUAUGCAGUCAUCUGGUGUUUCUGGCUCUCAGGUUUAUCCGGGGCAACCUCAAAGUAAUGCAUAUUUGGUGGCAGGGAGUGGACAGAUGGGCCAUAUUCAAGGCUAUAAUCUUCCUCCUGAACAGCUCUCUUCUCUCAGCCAAGGCACAGUUACUCCAUCUGCCAGCUCAGUACUUCCUGGUCAGCCUGCACAGACAUCUUACACAAA